UCAUCGUCUUGCUCAUUUCACAUCACAAUUUUAUAUGGAUUUUCAAUAAAACAAUAAUUUCGAGUUGUAAUAAUUUAUUUUAAUUGGCUUUGUCAUGUUUCGUAAGACGUUAAAAUUAAAUUUACUAGCACGAGGCCAUGAGGUACAAAGAUGUAAACAUACUAGUAAAUUGGAUGCUAUUAGAGAAAAGUUAAGGGAAGGUCCAGGACUAGCGGAUUUCAUAUCUGAGGAUAGACCAGCUAACUGGGAUGACUAUGAAGGGAAGUUGAAACGAGAGAAAGGUGAUGUUGAGAGAUUGAGACUACCUCCCUGGUUGAAGACAUCAAUACCAACAGGUUCAAAAUUCAGUGCAUUAAAGGAGCAGCUCCGUGGGCUGAAGUUGAGCACCGUGUGCGAGGAGGCUCGGUGUCCCAACAUUGGGGAGUGCUGGAGCGGAGGCAAGCAUGGCACCUCAACUGCCACUAUCAUGUUAAUGGGUGACACAUGUACGCGUGGCUGCAUGUUCUGUUCAGUGAAGACAUCUAGGGCUCCGCCCCCGCUGGACCCGGAGGAGCCUCGCAACACUGCAUAUGCUGUAGGCCAGUGGGGUCUCGGGUACAUUGUGCUGACUUCUGUUGAUAGAGACGAUUUACCCGACGGCGGGUCUUCGCAUUUUGCAGAAACUGUCAGAGAAAUAAAACGACAUAUAGAGACAGUGGAGAGACUUACCCCCUUCGUGAGGGACAGGCGAGCAGGGUAUCGUCAGACGCUGAAGGUGCUGGAGACGGCGAAGGAGGUGAACCCCGAGCUGGUGACCAAGUCCUCCAUCAUGCUGGGGCUGGGGGAGACUGAUGAACAAGUGGAGCAGACUAUGAAAGAGCUGCGAGCAGCGGGGGUGGACUGCGUGACGCUGGGCCAGUACAUGCAGCCCACGCGCCGCCACCUCAAGGUGUUCGAGUACGUGACGCCCUCCAGGUUCCAGCAGUGGGAGCGGCGCGGCGCCGAGCUGGGCUUCCUCUACACCGCCAGCGGACCCCUCGUCAGGUCCUCCUACCGCGCCGGCGAGUUCUUCCUCACCAGCCUGCUCAAAAACAGGAAGGUUAAAACGGCUUGAACACCACUUACAUCUUUAUGGCCGGUUUCUCAGCUACAUUUAUACAUUCGUUACUUAUUGGUUCGAUAACUUCAUGAUACGUUUCUGAACUAUGUAACUUCAGUUGUUUUUCUAACAGCUAUCGAUAUAGUGCCGAUAUCUAGGACAAGUCAGUAUUGGCUUGCUGUCUAUUCUGUAUUACAGUAGUUUUACAAACACAUAGUUAAAUUAAAUACUGUUUGAGUUUAAAGUCUGAAUGUGGCUUAAAUACGAAAAAUUUCGAAUGAAAUAAUCGAUUUUUUUAUUCGAAAUAAAAUUCAAAUUCAAAUUACUGUUAUUAUUUAAAGUGAUGCAACACUGAAAUGUAUAAAAUCACCUUUAAAAUAGAUUUAAAUGUAGUGUAAGAAGGUUUAAAAUCAAAAAGCAAUCUGAAAUAGUAAAUUUGAUAUUUUUAUGUAAAUAAAUUUUUGUAAUUAAUUACAUAGAAGUAGGAUAUUGUGAUAGAAAAUAUUUAUCUGGUGUAAAAUGUCUUCAUUGUGUAUAUUUUGUUUUCUAACAAUUGUUGCAAUAAAAUUGUUACUGUUAUUA